GUCAAGUUCAGUGAGAGUUAUCCGUCUUGAGUUGGAACUCUUCAAUUGGUUGGAUGAACUUCCGCCGAGUAUUGUCAACUUCCGUCGAAAAUAGCGCGCUGCUUCGAAGCUGUCAAAAUGGGGAAGCAAUACUGCUGUAUUUGUAGCAAUUUUAGGGGAAAGAGAGUCGGUGAAAGAAUAGUAUCUCUACACGUCAUUCCAGUAAGCAAGUCCCUACGACAAGCGUGGAUAAGGCGACUUCGGUUAGUGAGAAAAGACCUCACAGUGACCAAGCACGCGGAAAUAUGCUCAGAACAUUUCCUGGGUGGUAACGGUCCAGGCAAAGGGCAUGAUGUUCCAUCGAUUUUUCCGAAGAAAAAUUACAGUACUUGCACAGUGUCUGAUGCUGACUUUGCUGAUACCCCUAAGCCAAAUGAAAGCCCAUUCAAGCAGGCCUGUGACCCUGAAUCUCCCAAAGUGACUAUGCAGAUACAUGGAGGGACUCCUCAGUCUGAUGAAAUUGAACAUCAUUCCACAACAUUCAGUCAAGGUGCCAGAUCCUAUGACGUUGCAUCAAUUAUGCUGCAUGACUACUGUGAGGCUGUGUGUGAAGACGAUAUCAGUUGCAUAAGAUAUGGAUCAUCGCAAACAGAAAUGGUGGAAGUUAGAAGCAUGUCUACUCAAACUGACGAUGUAAUGUUCCAGUGUUUGAAUCCUGUGAAAACAUCCUGUGCAAUGACUCAGACUGAGACUGAAAAUAAAAAAGUCUUUCGCAAUCAAGCCACUCAAGUCAAGCUUCCUGAUUUAACAUUUUUUGAUGUGACGAAUGAUUCAGAAUUGGCAACUAUUAUACAGGUCUUGUGGAUGCAGAAAAGUUUUCAUGUUUAUUUGACGAGUUUUCUGAGGUUCAUGACAGGGACUAUCCAACAUCCAAUAUCGGACGCCCUAAAUCUUUGUCUUUGAUAGACGAGUUCUUUCUAGUGUUGAUGCGUCUUAGACUUGGACUCCUAGUUGUUGAUUUAUCAAAGCGAUUUCAUAUUUCCAGAAGCUGCUGUGCUGAUGUCAUUAAUAGAUGGAUUGAUAUUUUGUACAACAAUUUAUCCUUCCUAGUUGUCUGGCCAUCAAUGGAUACUAUUAAUACAACUAUGCCUCAAGGUUUUAAAGACCUGUAUCCAAAUACAAGGGUUGUUAUAGAUUGUACAGAAUUAUUUACAGAAAAACCUUACUCUAUUGGUAAACAGUCACAAAUGUACAGACAUUAUAAAAGUCACACAACAUUUAAAGCGCUUGUUGGUGUCACUCCAAAUGGUGUUGUUAGCUUUGUCUCUGACUUGUGGUCAGGAGCUAUAAGUGACCGGCAAAUAACAGUAGAAUCAGGACUUUUAGAUUUGUGUGAUGUAGGUGAUGCAAUCAUGGCGGAUAAGGGAUUUACAAUCUCAGACUUGACAACACCAAAAGGUAUACUCCUAAUAAUUCCACCAAAGAAACAUAAGAGAAAACAGCUGACUGCUGUAGAAAUUGAACAAACUAGGAGAAUAGCAAACUUGAGAAUCCAUGUUGAAAGGCACAUGGAACGUGUCAAGAAUUUCAGAAUUUUGCAGGGUAUAAUUCCAAUUACAAUUUCAAAAUCUGUAAACAAAAUCU